GUCAAAUGCUGGCAAAUGGGAGUAGAUUAAUUUGGAAUACCUGGUUGACAUGGAUGAAGGGUCUGUUUCUAUGGUGUAAAUUCUAUGACUCCUGCCAAAGGGAAGAACUUCUGAUUUCUUUACAUCAUGCCAGAUUUUUGCCUAUUCACUCAACCUAUCUAAUUCUUUCUGUAAAGUCCUUGUGUCUCCUUCACACAGAGCUUCUCACUAAUCUUUGUGUUGUUUGCAAAGGUAGCUUGAAUGCGUUUACUACAUUUAUCUAAGGCAUUGACAUAAAUUAUAAAACAUUGAGACCCAGCACAGACCCCUGCAGGACUCAACUGGCCACAUCCUGUCAAUCAGACAAAGACUCAUUAAUGCAUACUCUCUUGUCUAGUUGGUAUAAAGCAAUCUUCUAUCCAGGUAAAAACAAUAGAUUCCUGAUGCAGGGCUUUUGCCCGAAACGUCGAUUUUUCCUACUCCUCGGAUGCUGCCUGACCUGCAGUGCUUUUCCAGAACCAAUCUAAUGCAAUCUUCUAUCCAGGCUAAUUGAUAAGCCUUACACCAUAAGCUUUUAUUUUUUGCAAUAACCUUUGAUGUUACAUCUUAUUAAAUGGCUCUGGAAAUCCAAGUACAGUACAUAUGCCAGUUCCCUUUCAUCCUCAGCUCCUUGAAAGAAAUCCUAUAAAUUGGUUAAACUCAAUUUUGGUGUCAUGAAACGAUUGCUGACUCUUCCCGACUACCUUGAGCUUAUCUAGAUGCACAGAUAUAAUCUCUUAAUGGGGAAAAUGUUCUACAAAAGGGAAGGCAUUCCCCAUCACAAAGAAGGGGCUGAAGGUGAACCAGUGGAGGGUGCAGGGAGUUACUCAUGGAGACAUCCAGGAACAAUACAAUGGAAUAAAAACACAUCUCAGUUAUUAAUUCAUCACCUCAUUCCACUGCAGAGGGAUAAUUGGUUACACAGAGCUUGCAGUUUGGGCAACUCUUUGCAAGCAUGAAGCAAGGUGAGGUGCCAAGGAUGUCAUGAAUGACCAAAUCCAGAGGGAGAUCAUAUGUUGGCAUCAAUUUGCAUCACACACUAACCUUCCAACUUACUGAGCUAACUGCCGAAUCCAGUCCCAGAAAUAGUAUCCAUGAACAUUUCAUUGAUUGCUGAAAAAUCCAGCAAGUGAUUCACAACCGUUUUUAAGGUGACUGCCUGUUAGUGAAGAACAAGAACGUUGGGUUUUGUCAGUGACACCCAAGUCACACCAAAGACUAAAGAACAAUAUGGCGGCGGGAUCACCUGAACAUCUUCACACCUUCCCACUGGCCCCGCCCCACCGACCACGUGUACAGCCUACAGCCAAUGGGAGCAACGGAGGCGCCACCUGCGGGGCGGUAGUGACGUAUAGUCACGCCAUUCGCGCGGGGCGGAAAUAUUCCGUGUUUCCAUUUCCGUACGCGCUUGGAAAGAUGGCGCCAGGGAGGUGGGUGACGAUGUUUUUCGCCCUGUCCCUUUCCGUAAGACUGACCGCCGCGUUGGAGCCCUUCACGACCUCCGCCGUCUUGAUCGGAGCUGCCUCUACAGCCUAUUAUUAUUUCAGCUGUCGCUUUCAGGAAUGUUGCACCAAGGCCUGGGUACCGCUGGAUGUCAAAGGAUUGGAAACCUCCUUAAAGGAGCAGCUGUUUGGGCAACAUAUUGCAUUGGAUGUGAUUCCAAAGGCGAUCGAAGGCUUCCUGAGUAAUAAGGAUGCAAAGAAACCUCUCACCCUUUCUCUACACGGCUGGACUGGUACUGGCAAAAGCUUUGUCAGUAGAAUAAUAGCUGAAAGCCUGUAUAAAAAUGGAAUGGACAGUAAAUAUGUUCAUAAAUUUGUGACUUCUUACCACUUCCCCAAUGUUCAACAUACCAGCAAGUAUAUACAACAGUUGCAGGACUGGAUUCGUGGGAAUGUUAGCUUGUGUAAGCGGUCACUGUUUAUUUUUGAUGAGAUGGACAAAAUGAACCCUGAGCUCAUUGAUUCCAUUAAGCCAUUUCUGGAAUACUACAGCCACCUUGAUGGAGUGGUUUAUCGAAAGGCAAUGUUCAUCUUCCUGAGCAAUGCUGGUGGUGAGAAGAUAAAUGAUAUUGUGCUAGAUUUCUGGCAGCGUGGGAUGAAAAGGGAAGAUAUUCAACAGAAAGACUUGGAGAAUAGCCUGUCCUUAGAAGUCUAUAACAACAAAAAUAGUGGAUUCUGGCACACCCGUCUCAUUGACAAAUAUCUGAUCGAUUAUUUUAUUCCUUUUCUGCCACUGGAGUAUAAGCACGUUGUGUUGUGUGCAAAAGCUGAAUUGUACACGCGGCAUCUUGAAGAUGUUGACCAAGUAGCCAUCAAAGUGGCCGAAGAGAUGGUAUACUUCCCAAAGGACCAAAGAGUCUUUUCAGUCAAGGGCUGCAAAACUGUGGCUGCAAAGGUGAAUUAUUGGACAGCCGCAGAUUCAAAACUGUAGAAUAUUUCUGUUUUGUUUUAAAAUGCCUAUGAUGCAUUACAGUGAAGAAAAUCAAAUGAUGAAAUCCCUAUUUAUUUGGAGAACUCCAGGCUGAACACUUCAAUGUUUACAUCAAUGAAAGACUUGAUCCCGAGUUUUCUGAAGCUUUUAACAUCUUGUGUGUGAAGCAUUCUGUUUCUAUGACAAAUCAAGACUGCAAAACUGAAGCUAUUAUUUUGGCAUUUUUAUAUCUUUGUAUAAAUGGUGAGCUUUGCACUUGACAUUUGAUUGAAUGAAACUUAAGGGUUGUGAGCCAAAAACUAGCCUGAUGUUCUAAGUACUUGAGAGGAAAUGAAAAUUAUAAUUAUAGCAACAUGCCAAGUCUACAACCGAAAAUUCACUUAUGUUCUUUGACCAUGCACUGAAAUAGUGUGUAAUUUUUUUAGCUGUUAUUUGCUGAAUAACUCUUUGCGGAGUCUGUUUCAUGUGUCUUGCACAAGUAACUACUAAGUGGUGGUCAUGUUUUAAUGUUGUAUGGGGAUGAGGUUUUAAUCAGACUUUUAGGAACCAUUUCUGUAUGUUGGGUUCUGUUCUGCAUUGGGGCAAUGUGUUUCCCUUUCACAGUUAAAUCCUGAGUCUAAAUGUAAUGCAUAUUAAUGGGAUAAAUUCUCUGUUCCUCACCAUCUCUCUCUCUCUCUCUCUCGCAGUUUUUUGUAUGUGUUUGUCUCUCAAUGUAUUUCUGUUCUUCUGUCCCUCACUGUCUAUCUGGCUCUUUCUUGUGCUUGUAAUUGUUAUGUUCGCUGUCUUUUGCCUUUUUAGUUUAUAAAUAUCAAAAAUGAAACCUGUUUCAGCAACCUUAGUCUAGAUUCCAGUGGCUCUGAGUCCACAGCAAUUUUGCACUAAUGAAUGUAUUCAGAUUACACUUGAAUGAUGGAAAAUGGUUCAAGGAGAAAGUGCAUCUACUCCAGUGAUCACUCUUGAAAUUUUUUGUCUUAGCUUUUCUUUAAUAACUUAGUUGUGGUCUAAUUUCACAAAAGAAUAGCUCUCAAUGGGGCUGUAGAAUGGUGACACUGAAAUAAACAGGUACAGGGAAUGCAAACUGUUUUUGGCGGAGUGUUCAUGUUUGCACAUUUCUUCUUAUCACCUUGUAAAUGGGAACAUUUGAUAUGACUACAUGUUACAAAUGGGAAGUUUGUUGAACUAAUCUAGAAGUUUAUUUUUUUAAAUUACAGAUCUGUAUGUAAACACUUAUUUCUUGGGUUAUACUUUGAUUCUGGUUUUACCAUUGUGAGAUACAAUAUUGAGAUAAUUUUGAAAUUAUUAACUCAGACUUUAUUUUUCAAGUAGAACAGCAACGCUACUCAAUUCUGGCUGCUCUGUGUUUUAUUUACUGUGUUUAAUAACUCACCCAGGAAUUGUUUCCCUAUUCAUCAUUUAUCCCAAACAGACUUUCAGAUUAUGCUGCUGCUUAGUAUAACAUGCAUUGGGGAAGCACUGGAUAAAUUUAAUCAAUUUUAAAGUUAUUAUGAAGAGGGAGAAGAAAAUUAGGAGAAAUUCCUUUACAUUGAUUUUUGGAGUACGGGAUACUUUGCAAAAUAAACAGGCAGAUGAAGCACAUUGGUUAGGCCACUGUUGGAAUAUUGCGUGCAAUUCUGGUCUCCUUCCUAUCGGAAAGAUGUUGUGAAA